AUGCUGCGUGGCUCAAAGGCCCCAAAUCCUGAAAGGAAGACGACUCUUGCUUUUUGCCCUCUCCGACUCAAAGGCACGUCGAUGACUGGUGCCGACUUCUUCCCAAUCCGCGAGCUGUCCACGUAUCAGACGAAGUGGACGAUCAAGGGCCGUGUGACAAGCAAGGCGCCGCUGAGAACAUUCAAGCAGAGAAAUGGAAGUGGCCAGGGCAAGGUGUUCCACGUUGAGCUGCUUGAUGCUGAAGGUGGAGAGAUCCGUGCAAGUUUCUUCAACGACGCGGCAGACAAGCACUUUGAACUGCUGGAGGUUGGCAAGUGCUUCACUUUGAGCAAGGGGCAAGUGAAGCUCGCAAACAGGCAAUACAACGCCUGCAAGCAUCGCUAUGAGCUCGUAUUCGACAAGGCUUGUCAGGUCGAUGGAGUUGCAGACGAUGGAAAGAUCGACACCGUUAAGUUCUCCGUGGUUGAACUGCGUUCCGUGCAGGGAAAGACACUGCCCUGUAGCGUGGACGUUUGUGGCAUCGUCAAAGACUACGACAAGUCUUUUGCCUUCACCUCCAAGGAUGGGAAAGACCUGGUCAAAAGAACUUUGACCUUGGCAGACGACAGCGGCAUCAGCAUGCAAGUCACAAUAUGGGGCGAUCGUGCAAAAAAGGAAGACUCGGUGUUUGAGGGCAAUCCAGUUGUCGCCAUGAAAGGAGUAUCGGUGAAGGAAUGGCAAGGAGGUUUAAGUGGGUCUUUGAUGGAGGGCGGCUCGCUCGCCUUCAACCCUGACAUGCCCGAAGCGCACAAGGUGAAAAAUUGGUGGACUCAGGGUGGCCAUGCACAGAACCUUACGUUCAUUUCGCAGACUAGCGGUGGUGGUGGUGGAGCUCGAAUCGCCGGCAAGCUCAUGGAUGUGUUGGAGAUGAAGCAGAAAUCAGAGCAGCUCGUGAACGAGCAAGAGAUGUACUCUGCCUAUUGCCGGCUUUCCUCGGUCCAGCUUCGCAAGAGGGACGAAAUCCAGCCGCUCUACUACAAUGCGUGUUUGGAGCCAAAGGAAGGCAACGGCCUGCCGUGUAAUCGGCGCGUCGACGAAGCGAAUUUCUGUGCUGUUUGCAACAAAACGGUCAAGGCUGCACCUCGUCUCAAUCUGCGCUGCAGAUUCGAAGAUGCAACCGGCAACUUCUGGGUCACAACUUUCCACCCGGCAGCCGAGAAGGUUCUUGGAAUGACGGCGCAAGAGGUUGCUGACAUCGAGAAGAACGAGGGGCGAGAGGCUGUGGAGGCCAAGCUGAAGAGCUGCUACUAUGCUCAGGUCGUGCAGGUGCAGCUGCGUGCAAAGCCGGACAACUACAACGGCGAGCAGCGGACAAACGUUUCCUGUCCGUCGGCUCAGCCGAUCAAUCGACGAGAGCAUGCUCGGUUCAUGCUGAAAGAGAUUGAAGAGAUGCUGGCGAAAGCUGUCUGCUGA